CUAAGAGACACAGCCUCUCCCUCGUGGCUCGUGCAGCGAGGUUCCAAAGGAUAGAUAGCCUGCUCCAUGCUGGCUCUCCUAUGUACUACCACAUAUGUUCCCUAAUGCUUUCGGCGUCGCCGAACCCCUUCCAUCUACAGAGCAAUAACCGGUGCCGCACUCCACUGGCUGUGCUUGGAGGCUUUCUCCGUUGUCUGCCUUGCGUCACCAUCUUACCGCACUAGUCAGGCGAUCCUAGCAAGCGAAUGCAACCCUGCCGAAUCUUUCCCGCUGUAUCCUGCACGAUGCGCUUCGCAACGGCGCUCCUGUUGCUCAGCAGCCUCGAGGUGGUUGUGGCCCAUGUAGGGCAUCCUGACUGGCAGCUCAAGACGCCCAAGCACGCCCCAGGUCUCCAUGCGUUCCACGCCGCUAAGCAACAAGAAAGCCUUGCCGACAGACGUGCUGAUGCGGCCGUGCUUUUGUGGAACGACGAGGCGCAGCUUACAUUCAACGUGAACCCGAAAACCGGUGGUUCUCUGACGGGAAAGUACCCAGCCUACACGUUCACACAACCGCUCGACCACUUCGAUCCAAGCAACAAUGUCACUUUUGAACAGCGUUAUUGGUUCUCGACCAAGUACUACAAGCCGCCGUCACACCGCAAAGAAGGAGAAAAGACCGUGGUCUACGUUCUGGACAGUGGGGAGACAAAUGCAGAGGGAAGACUGCCGUAUCUAGAUCAUGGCAUCCUAGACAUUCUGGCCGGAGCGACGGGCGGCAUCUCUGUCGUCCUCGAGCACCGCUACUACGGCAAGUCCUACCCGCCACGUAGCGUCAUCUCUCCGCCAGGGCCAUACUGGGACAGCGAUGCGAUGCGCUUUCUGAACAACACGCAGGCACUCGAGGACAGCGCCAACUUUGUCCGCCAGAUCAAGUUCCCCGGUGUUGAAGAGGACCUCACCGGCGGGCCGAACAAGACGAGAUGGAUCUCGUACGGCGGGAGCUAUCCCGGUGCGCGGAGCGCCCACCUGCGCGUGCUCUAUCCAGAAUUGUUCACCGGAGCGAUUGCUAGCUCGGCGGUUGUGCAGGCAAUCGAAGAUUAUCCAGAGUACAUGUACCCUAUCGCCCGCGGAGCCGAAGCUAGCUGUGCGCAGGCGAUCCAAGCCGCUGUCGCUGGUUUCGACUCGAUUGCGGUCCCGCUCAGUAAGGCCGCACGACACGAGCAGCGGGACGCCUUCCUCGAAAUCAUGGGCACGCCCAACCUGACACACGUCGCCGAUCUCGCCAAUCUCUGGGCUGCGCCGCUUGGGAGCUUUCAGGCGCUCAACUGGGAUGCAAGCAUCAGCAGCCAACCAUUCUGGGACAGCUUUUGCGGCAAUAUCACCGCUGCCACUGACCGGUCGGCACAGCUCAUGCGACAAGGCAACGCACACAACCUGUCCCUUCCCAAAGAGACCUACCAGUAUGCUGCAUUUAUUCGCGACAAUUUUGCCGACGACUGCUUGCGCGAGACGCAAGGAACGGCACAGGCUUCCGUGGCGGACCUCUGCUUUGGGACGUAUAAUUACACUGAUGCGAGGCAAACGACAACGCUAAACGCAGGCCAUUCUUGGGUGUUCCAGACCUGCCAGACCUGGGGAUACUUCCAAUCAGCUCCUCCCGAGCCCACCCCGGGGCAUCCUGCGGGGCCUAAACUUAUCUCCUCCCUCAUCGAUCACAACUACUCGACGGAAGUCUGCCGCCAAGGCUACCUGCCCGGCAAGCACUACAACCUUCCUGCGCAUCCUAACAUCUCUGAGGUGAACGCGCUCGGUGGCUUUGCCCUAUCCACCACCAAUCUGGCUCUUAUCGACGGCCAAUAUGAUCCAUGGAGGCCUGCCUGCGCGCACUCGGAAGAAUACGCGUUCGGAGGCGCGCGAUCUGAUACGCUCGAGCGCCCCUUUAAGCUGAUUCCCGACUGCUGGCAUCACUGUGAUGAGAACUCUCUGCCAGUGGCGCAGCGCGACAAUGAGCCACCGCGCAUCAAAGCGAUUCACCAAGAGCAAGUGGAAUUCGUCAAACACUGGCUGCACAUGCCUUGAUGCCUAUGUGCUACAUGGAUGGGGAAAUAGCAUCUGCAUCGCGCACCCCGCUAUCAUCUUUCAAUUUGCU